AUGUUCCCCCGGCGUGGUGACGCCGUCUGUACUUCGCGACGGUGUGAGCUGCGCCACCUGGCUGCGUGGGCAGAGCGCGUGAUAACACGCAGGCAAAUCGAUGUGUCUGUUGAUGGAGUUGGUGUCCGACACCCACGCCUCCAACAGCUCUCGCCUUGUCUUCUUGCCGGCUCGCGCCAAUAUCCGCGUGUUGGCGAAGUCGAACUCAUGCACUUCCUCCAGCGUGUGAGUGGCUACUCCGAACGGCCCGUUUGUGCUCAAGUAUUCGUGAUCUCAGACGUCGUCCUGUCUGGCCUGUGUAGUGGCAAGGACAGUUUUGGCACGGGAUUCGAUAGACUACGCCCGACUGUUCACCUGCGUCCAGCCGAUCCUCCAUUUUCAUGAUCGUGCUACGCAUGGUGGCCGCCGGAUGAUGAGCGACGCCCACGCCUAGUUCUGACGCGAUGCGUUCUGUAGCCUCGGACACAUUUUUUAUGUACGGUAGGGAGUGCCAAAUUGUUGGUGUCUCUCUUCCGUUUGUCCGGCGUGGGUGUGCGCGUAUACAGCGACUGAUAAAGCUAUUUGGGUAGUCGUUCUUUGUUAAUUGGUCUCGGAGAUGUCCUAGUUCUUGCAUCCUUCCUUCGGGCUCGCUACGGUGAGUUUUUUACCGGUCGAAAAGCACCCUCACACAGCCCCGUUUGUGCACCAAUGGGUGAUUGCUAUGAUAGUUGAGAAGACGAGGAGGACGAGAAACUACCCUUCCUGGACGUGCUCGUCACGCGCACACCUGACGGUGAAUUCAACACUACAGUGUACAGAAAGGCGACCAAUACAACCCAGGUCCUCAACUAUCAUAGCAAUUAAAACAACAGGGUCAGUACGUCCUCUACAUUAGGAAGGUCAUUAUUAUUGUUAUCACUAUUAAUAAUAGUACUAAAUACUAGUUUGCAGGUAUUGCCAAAAUAAACAUACGGUACAAAUCAAGUAAGUAAUGAAAAAACAAAACUCCUAAGGACUGAAUAUAGUUAGUGAGGCCUUUGAUAAUUUAAAAGAAUAAACCUGCAGCCCGUGAAAUGACGGCAGUCCAAUACGGGAAUAACGGACUUGUACAGCGGGAAUUCUCAGUUGUCAUUUCUUGUUAAGGAAUUGGAACUCUGCUCCAGACGCGAAUGCACGGGUGAUCAGCUGCACGCCCUUAGUCGAAGAACUUACCCACCGGUUGACGGGUCCGCAGAUUCGGCGUCAUUUCACUCAAGAUGAGACCUCGAAGAGGGAUCAGAAACCACGAACUCCAUUACUAAGGAAGGUGAAUUAGGUGGAUUCGCAUUCAAAACUUGUGAAAUGCUGCUCUUAAUACAGAAAAUGAGCGAUAGUUCGUUUCGACAAAAGGAUAAUCUUGCAGAAGUUUCAUUCUCCUGGGUUAUCUGUUUUAGACUGCAAUUGCGUUCGCACAAAAGCACUGGCGAAAUUUAAUUGCGCGUGCCAGAGGAAAAUGACAUUGUCUCGUUGAAAGUGGUCAAACUGCCUUGUGGAAGUGAGAGGAAUAAAAGCACGAGGGUCUAAAGGCUUAAGUAGCAAAAUGGUCUCUUUUGUAAUCGGUAAAUCCAGAAAGGAUCAAGGCCCCUCAGUCCAAAACGCUCUUGACAUGUCAAAUCUCAAUGUUACAAGGUUAAAAAUCUUUUAGUAAAAAAGACUAGACGGAUUCAAUUUUCUUCCUCUCACCGGCGCGCAAGAGGUUAAAUGAAAACUAUCAGCGUUCCAGACCAGGACUUAUGUGCAUUUUUUAAAGGUUUGUUUUGAUAUCAGCGGUCCCCGUAACCCGCUUCCCUUCUCAACUAUCAUACUGCUUGGGACGCGGAUGUCCGGAUUUAUGCUUACCCCAAAACAAAUUCAGCUGUUUUUAAGCGUAUGCUUGGCCAGCUUCACAGCUUUGUUUUCAGGAAUGCAGAAAAAUUGAACUUCAUUUGAAGAGCGCUCAGAAACUACAUCACACAACUUACAUACGACCUCGACAGCAUCAUUUUUAAAGUGUGACACAGAAAGUACGCCCACUGCUAUUUGAUAAAUAUGCAGAAGGCGGAAGUCCUGCUUUUGAAGUUGGGUCAGCACGAACACGAGAUAUACGUAGUUAGUUUUACAAGAGAAACCGGUGGAUACAAUAAAGAACACGAAAUCUUUCUUCCUUUUCUCAAAGACAACUUGCAACCAGCGUGACGAAUGGCUGCUUUUAUCGCAUUGCCCAUAUCGCACGGGAAGGUGUCAAAAUUGCUCUCGGAUCGGUUACGAAGCAACAAAAUCCCGCGCCGGACAAUCGAUACAAAGAAAGAGGUGUAACAUGAUCACUCGAUAUGACUCACAGGUGCUUAUCUGUGGGAUGACAAAAUAUCUGACGGUCAUCAUUAACGUAGAACAUACCACACCACUGUUCGAUACAACCUUAGACUUUAUGGCAAUUGGUCCGAGCAUGUGCCGGUCUCCUGGGUCGCCUGGGCCGAAACCAACUGCCAUGAGUGCCUUUGCAUCAAACAGAACCUGCAUACAGUUUGGAGAUGUCGCCCAGGCAACCAUCGUUUUCGAGAACAAAGGUUGUCUGUCGGACAUUUUCGCCUCGAAGCUUGUAAGUGAUUGACUGGACAAUUAAACCAUCUCCCGGCUGAGGAUCUGGAGCCAGACACCCCAAGAUACAUGCAGCCCCGCAAAGAUUACGGGAGAGUACUUGAAGAUAAUUCAUGCCUAACGAUUGGAUGUGUUGACUUGUAGUGUACAAAAAGAAAGGCAUAGUUGAUAGUGAAGUCGGGAAAGAAGCCAGUCUUCAGACGGAGUUCACGCGCCCUCAUUUGCAGUACAAGCAGUGGUCGAGGCUUGUCAGCACUUAUCAGCCGAUGAGCAGCGCAGGGGAUGUUGACCAUUAAUACACAUAAGGGUUUGUGCAAAUACGGACGUCUCAAUUAUUGCGUCAAAACAGCACCAAACAUAUCUCAUCAACUUAUGGACACCAUGCCUACUGAUAUUCCUGCAACUGUUACCUAUUUCGAUGGAAAUUUGGUCUUCGGUUGUACGGAGAAGGAACUGAUCCAGAGGCCUGAUGAGAACAGGGACAAUCUUAUUGAUUACGGCCCAAAAACUAACAUGGAAAAGUACGAAUACCACAGAAAGGAAAUUCAAUAACAGGGGUUUUUGGUAAGCGCGAACAGGCAUUCACAGAAUCUAGAAAGAGUUGCAGCAUUCAAGAACGUGGUAGUACCAAAUAAUGCACGGGAAUUAGAAAAAAUUAUAGAUCUAGUCAGUUACCACGCGUCAUAUAUUUUCGGGCUCCACAGCCAAAAGCCACCGUUAAAACGACUACUUCACAAAGAUGCAAAAUUUGAGUGGUUUGCGGAUUGUUAGGAGGCAUUCGACAAGAUAAAGGAGAAGAUUACUGAGUCAAUCGUACUUCCGUAUUUCGAAAUGGAUAACGAAACAGUCGUCUAGGCGGAUGUGUCUUGUUAUUGGCAGGCAACAUUCGCUCUCGGAAGGCUCCAGAAUGUAACAUCUGGCCCUUCAUGCGUGUCCCAAUGACUCACAUAGGUAGAGCGAAACUACAGCCCACUUGAAAAAGGAAAUAUUAACAGUCGGCUAGACAUUUUUAGGAAUUUCACAAAUUGCUUUACGGCAGACACUUCAUACUCCAAAUGGUCAAAAACUAUUGAAUUUUUCGCCGAGCAUGAAUUGGGAGCGAGCUGCAGCACACGCGUAUAAAGAUCCAAUGUUGGAGUACGACCCUUCUGAGUUAUUACUUCACAGUCCUGCAUGUUUCCGCUCACAAUGUCGGAGUUUUGGACUCCAUAUCACGGCUGAACUUAGGCGACGAAGGCGUGGUGAUUGCAAGAGCUCUGAUGCAAAACGACGGAGAACUUAGAUGCGUUAUCUGACAGAUGCUUCUCACCACUGACCAUAUCGGGACACCACUGCAGUAGACCACUAUUACGCCAGAUAAAGAUGUUUAUUCUAAACGGCUUGCUUGUUGAAGACAGAGCACAUCCAUCUGUAAAGCACUUCAGAGAUCAAAUAAACUAUUUUACAUCACAAGAAAGUGCAUAGUGUAUGACCAGUCAAACGGCAAAUCGUGCCUGACAUCAGGGUAUUACUCGCACGAAGCAACUGGCCCGAAAGAAGUUGAUGACGGCGUCGACUCUUUCGUUCAAAUCUGCGGCCCACGUGGACGUGAGGUUGGGGACCCGCCAAAAGUACCCCCUGCCAUGGACGGUGUUAGAAGGACCGUGAAUGAGAGUUCAUGCUGACACUGCUGGGCCAUUUUCAAUCGUAUAGUUGUCGAGACAUGGACACGGCAGCUAUUCCUGAUAUAACAGUAAAGAAGACGGAAGAACUCACCUCAAGAUAUGACCCCCCGAAGGGACUGUGACGGAUGGUGGCACUCAGUUUCCGUCAACACUGCCCCAGCAAUUGUGCUACAAAUGAAGAAUCCCUCAUGCGACAACACCACCAUUUCAUUCCCAAUCAAAGUGUCAGGCAGAACGUUUUGUUAAUAUCCUCAAGAUGUGGAACGUAGGCAGUAAAGUGUACCAACUUGACAUGUUCCUUCCCAUGUACACAAUAGUGCUGCAAUGUGAUCUUGGCAGACAAAAUCUAGUCGCACGUCUUUGGGUCAACAGUCUGCUAUACGUCUACAGUGCCUCGACCAUAGGUGCGACUUGCCCAGCCACCAGAACGCAACUUUCUGAAAGAAGAGAUGUUUGCCCCUAGUUACAAACCUGGAGGGAAGGCGUGAGCAGAGGGUAUUACCGGGAGGUCGAGAGACGUUUUGUUCAAGCUAUCAACAACAACGGAAAAAAUCGAAAGGCAUGCGAACCACUUCAGGCCUAGGUUUGUGUCGAGGUGCCAGACUAACUGAGCAUUAACACUGGUUAAUUUUUUCUUAACUGUACUGUUUGCAUUAACGCAGCAAGGAACAACGCUUUAAGGCAGACGUAAAUUAAAUAUGGACCUGGAGAUGAGGACUUGAUUCUUGAAUAUUGCUUUUAUUCCCCUAGUGACUUUUUAUGCUGUCGUUUCUCACCGCGAUUACUGGCUAAGACUCGCAACAUAUAGGCUGCUAGUGGUGACUACAAGGUUCACGGUUACCUCCGCCUCUUACUCGGACUUAACUCCCCUUUUCCUCACCCCGUCGGUUUACAUUGAAUGUUAUUUAAUUUGUUGCACACUUUCUCUAUUGUCACACGUGUUUCUUGCGCGUCUCACUUAUUUUGUUCUCUAUAUCCUGUCCAGCGUGUUCAACUCUAACCAACUGUCUGAUGCUCCCGCCUAAUCUCUUUAUGUCGACCCAUUCGUCUUACCCUAAUUCUGGCAGCAUGCGCUUACGCUUUAUUUCAUUCGCACCGCUAGUAUUAUCCCCCAAGUUCGAACCCUCCUGGCUAAUCCUGUAGCAGCCGCUCCAGCGCCCCUUUUCUCCGGCUCCGUUUUGUCGGUCGAUGGCCGCGACAAGCACUGACAGGCCGCUGACACACGAGCACCCACAUCGGCUGGAAUUGGGGCCCCUCCUGUCCAGCUGCAGUGACUCCCGGCCGCCCUCACAAACUAAUAUCACCUAACGCGCGUCGAACGCUCUGGCUUGAUUCCCGUGAGGCCUUGUGAGUAUGCGCCCUCCAUUCCUCCCCUAAUUUGCCCAAUCACACGACCAACACUCAGCCAGUCACCCCUCCUGCUGACCCAGACACUCACCCCCGCGUAAACAACACACCGCGACUGACGCUCUCCGAGAACGGACGCUUAUUUCUGUUGCAAGCAAAUAGCCAACUUACGGCAACCUGCCCUGUGUACAGAAUAAACUAGUCCUCAUUAGCUCUCUGACUUGUCAUUAGACGAAGCGAACUUAUUGUGCGUGGUUUAAGUUCAUCUCACAUCCUUGACCGUCACAAUCCCGUUGUGGACGGAGAUUCGCUGCUUUACUGCCGUGACUGACCGACGGCGUUCAUUUCAAUCCAGUUUAUAUAACACAAAUUCACACUCGCACUUUCAAGCUCCCCAUUUAUUGCAAGCAGUGCAAUUAUAUCAACAAAUCGGGCAAUAAAACAUCAAGCUGGUUAAACGCAAUGUCAAAAACCAUACAGAUCACCACUUCUAACACAGCUGGCAGGCAGCAAGCGCAAAUGUCCGGUGAUGAAAACGAGAGAAAGUUUUCAAACGUCGGUUUAAAUACGACUUGGCCCAUAACCUCACACUCUCUUCUUUCCCAUUUUCUUCGGAAGAAGAUAAACGCGACGGCGCGUACAAAGUCUCAAGGAGAAAUGGAAGAGGCGAGAGCCACUCGGGCCAGAAUGACACAGAUGGCGGCCGUUCACGGACACAAACGCCAACGACUAUCGAUUAUCAAGUGCACUGCCAGAUGUUAACUGUUCUCGGUACAUUUACAUUCAGUCUGCACCUGCAGACCACCUUGCGAAUCGACGUCGAAAAUUUAAGGCAGUAAAGUUCCUUUUACGAAAGAACGCCUUCGACUUCAAUGUGUAUUUCUUGAGGUGCUUACCUUUCAAUAUGUAUAUAUUUACAGUAGGUGGGCUGACUCAUGAAAUGUCAACCGAACUUCUGAAAUGCGCUUUCGUUUCGAAGAGAUUAAUUAAGUAGGGUUGUAAAACUAGUCAGCCUGCCACAUAAUCCUACAAUAUUUCAGUUACCUCAGGAUGCCGGAUUUCGGAAAAACUUCUUUCCGGCUGCAUGCAAAAACUACAUUCUGUAGCAAAUGGCUAACUAAGUAGCAUGAAUUUUUCUUAUUGAUUUUCAAAGCCCUUAAAAGUCCAAUUAUAGUUCAUGAAAAACAUGCAUAAAAAUAUUGAUUCUUUUGCUCAUUCGGUGGCUAGUUACGUCUUAUCCUAAUUUUAUAUUUGAAGGAGGGUCAUGAUACGGUUUUAAAAAAGUUUAUAAUUGUCGGACUUUUAAAUACCGUGAAAUGGCCGUUCAUAAACCGUCAUGUCCCUGCAAUUACCAACGAGGCUUGUAAAGUUAACAAUAUGGAUAAAAUCCACUGCUUAAAUUUAGGAACACUAUAUGGUCCCCCUUUAGUACCGUAGAGAAAUGUGUAGUUUUGGGUAAACGGAAAAUAUACGGCUUGCAGAUUGGAAACCCUAAAUGACAAUGUGACGCUAGAGCGAGUCCAAGAUUAUUCGGGAAUUGGAACAGUUUUUUAAAAUCGAAUUAUACCCAUCCCCGAGUAUAGGAUUGGAAGAAGACGUAAGUAUAUAACGAAUGAGAGAAAUAAUGAAUAUCUUUAUGCAUGUUUUUCAUAAAACAUUAUUGGACAAUUAAGGGCAUCGAAAAGCAAUCAGAAAAACUCCUGCUAAAUAUGUAGUCAUUUUUUACAGAGUGAGGUUUUUGCAUACAGCUGAGAAGAAGUUUUAUCGAAAGCCGGCAUCCUCAGAUAACAGAAAAAUUAUGGAAAUAUGUUCUAGGCCGACAAGUUUCACAAAACUACUUAAUUAUUCUUUUCGAAACGAAAAAGUAAUUCGGAAUUUCGCUUGACAGUUCAUGAUUUAUUGAAAAAGAAGAAGACGACACGAUCGCUGGGACAAGAGCUUUAUUAGCCUGACGUUUCGGAUUCUUGCUCGAAUCCAUCAUCAGAGACAACAGCAGAUACGCGUGAUUCACGCACAAGGGGCUGCAGUAUUCAUAGGAUGCAGUCGCCAUGCUACCGCAUACCUAUGAACAUUCACGGCUCCCCCCUUCAUCCGGGGUCGUUGUACUUGGUGUGCUAAUUGUUUGAUGGCCGACAUUCACGUCGUUAAUUGCUGCAAUUUCAUCACAUGCGUUGGAUGUUGGUGUGAUGAUUGCUCGAACCAACCAAAGGUUUACUGGAGGACCGACAGUUCUGUUUCCCAUGUGCAACGAACCCUGUAAAAGCGCUGACACGCGAAAUUAGUGUUACGUUUUUGGACUUGGAGAAGUCCGACGCAAUAACACCGACCGACAGACGCAUGGCGAGACCCCAAGAUACGGCUUUUGCCCGAUUCUAUGGCCUCCCUAAGGUGCACAAAGACGGCGCUCCUCUCCGACCCAUCGUGUCGCUCAAAGAGACUCCAACGUACGGAAUGGCUAAGUGGCUGUUCCGGCGUCUCAAGUUCCUGACCGCUGAGUCAGAAACCACGGUCUCUUCGUCAGCACAAUUCCUGGAGAAACUCAAAGGGGUAAGCCUCCAUCGAAAUGAGGUCAUGGUAUCUUUUGAUGUUACAUCCCUUUUUACUUCUAUUCCCAAGGACCUGGCGAUCGAGACAAUCGAGCCGCUACUAGAAAGCAAAUACGAUGAAACGGAGAUUCGUCAUGGACACGCUCAAAUCCUUCAGCUCCUGAGGCUCUGUCCCCCCCAACAAAAGAUACAGUAAUUACUCCUAUCAUUUUGCGCCGGUAAAGCAUAUCUCAUAUUUGCUUUCAACAGCGGUCUGCAAACGUCUACAUAUCUGUACAGGGCUCUCUAUUUGGCGGCCUUUCUCCAAGAUCCCCUCCAACGUACGGACUGGCAAGAUGGCUGUUUCGGCGCCUCAAAUUUCUGACCGCCGAUUCGGACACCACGGUCUGUUCGUCAACGCAAUUCCUGGAGAAGCUUAAAGGAGUAAGUCUCUUGCCCAAUGAGGUCAUGGUAUCUUUUGAUGUCACGUCCCUUUUUACUUCUAUCCCCCAGGAUCUGGCAAUCGAGACCGUCCAGCUACUCCUACGAAACAAAUACGAUGAAACGGAGAAUCGUCUCGGACAUGCCCAAGUCCUUCAGCUCCUAAAGUUCUGUCUCAGGACGUACUUCACGUUCGACGGGACAAUCUACGAACAGGUGAAGGGCACACCAAUGGGUUCGCCGAUUUCGGGAUUCAUCGCCGUGGCGGUCCUGCAGAGGUUAGAGUCGCUGAUCUUCUAACACCACAGACCGAAGUUUUGGGCCCGGUAUGUGGAUGAUACCUUCGUCGUCAUCGAACGGGAUCAGGUGUUGACAUUCAAAGAACAUCUCGACGCCGUCUUCCCGGACAUUCAAAUUACGAUGGAGGAAGAAGAGAACAACCAGCUGGCCUUCCCGGAUGUCCUCGUAUGCCGCAAAGAUGGUAGUGGACUAAAGACCAAAGUGUUCAGGAAAGCGACAAAUACGAUGUAAGUACUGAACUUCAACAGCAACCACCCAAUCAGCCACAAACGCAGUUGUGUAAGGACGCUCUAUCGGCGUGUCGAAACGCACUGCAGUGAGCCGGAAGACAAAAUUGCCGAACUACAAUACCUCCGACGGGUAAUGAGAGCCAAUGGUUACCCGCGCAACUUUGUCAACCAGUGCAUAUGAAAAGGACACCAGAGACCAAAUCCAACCGGACCCAAAUUUUGGCGGGCUCUUCCGUACGUGAAGAACGUCUCGGAAGCCGUCAGUCGUCUUCUCACUCCACUUGGAGUUGGGGUUGCACGCAGGCCGGAAGCAACCAUUAGGCGCCAAGUCAUGAGGCCAAAAGACCCACUGCCACAGCAGGACACGUCUGGAGUCAUUUACUGGAUCUGGUGUAGUUGCGGACAAAGCAAUUAUGUCGGAGAAACUGGGAGAUUACUCCGUACGCGAAUUGCCGAGCACGCAGCAGCAGUGAGGCGGGGAGACGCUAACUCUCAGGUGGCGGCACACUCGACGGGAUCCGGCCAUAUUUUCAAAUUUCAAGAGGCCGAAAUCCUCGCAAGGGGUGACAACCGCGUGAGCCGCGAGCUGCUCGAGUCAUGGUUCUCAGGCCCGCAAUCCAUCAACAAACACAAUGACCUCCCGGUACCCUAUAGCGUACUGCGAUUUUCCCUGGGCAGGAGAAUCAGUCACGUGGGGAGGGCGCGGGCGAGCAAUCAUCACGGUGACAGUGAGCCAGUUUGCCGAGCAAUCGUCACACCAGCAUCCAGCACGGAUGACGAAAUCGCGGCCAUUAACGACUCGGACUCGGACCGACAAGCCACCACCGCAUCAAUUACGACCCCAGUGGUGAUUACGAGAACAGUUAAUUGCAGUGCGCAUACGGUCCCACGGCAGCCACGUGCUAUAAAUACUGCAUUCCUGGUGCCACCUUUACCUCUAUCUGCAAAUGUCUCCGAUGAUGGAUUCGAGUGAGGAUCCGAAACGUCAGGCAAAUAAAUUUCUUGUUCCGGCGAUCGCAUCUUCCUUUUCUGAACUGCUACCUGGAACUCGCCUGUUCGCUUCUGUCAGCAGCAGCCGAACUGUCAUUUUCAGAUUUGAACUUAUGAAAUACUACUUUUUGCGCAGUCUGGCUUCCUCGAAAACCUAAUUCAGAAAUGGAACGAGCAAAACAUUAGUAUCUUCAGCAUACUAUCAGUAUGCAUUCAGUGACUCUGCCGUCCAUUCAUUAUCGUAAAACGGAUUCUAUAUUUGAGCAAACCAAUUCAAGUGGCCACAAUAUAAUUAACAAGGCAGGUUCCUUCUUUGGCGAUGGAUAAAUAUCAGAAUCCUUUAGCAAAGUUAAAGAAACGCUCUAAAAGGCGAAAUUUUUGCUUGGCCCCAUUCUAUAAAAAAUUAAUUUACAGAGACAUCCGUCAACGGGAGGCGGUAUCAAAGCACUCCUUUAAGGGGUAAUUUAUUUGGGAGAGUUUUCUGAUUGAUCUUAGUCAUAUUCGUUGUUACCUUUCGUUGUGGGGGACAGUUAUAUUCGACGUUGAGUGUUCCUGUUUGCGCGAGUCUUCAAAUAUGACCCAGACAACGUUCCAAACGGAAAAUAAAGCCCAAACACUCGAUACUUCGUUAAAUGCCUCCAAGGAGUACCUUACUUUAAAAUUUUUAACAAACUCAUAAAACAGAAUCUGUCCUUAUGGGCAAUCCAUUAAAAACACUGGAAAUCGUGGAAUAUUCACCGGUUCUUUAAGGUCGAUCUAAAAUGCAGCCUAAUCCUGAACAUACAAAAUGUGCGACGUAAUUUGCCGGAAGAAAAGUUCCCUUCAUAAACACCAAAUGUUAUGUAUACGAUUGCGCCUGUCAAUUCUCUUUUAAUUUCUUAAUCACCGAUCGACCUGGAAGCAUUUGACCUUAUGAAGACUUUUGUUCCUACGAAGUCCCUAUCGGUGAAAUCAAGUAAAAUCCUGUUUCUCUUGCUGAACCGCAGUUCAACCAACGCAAAGGAGUCACGAAAACCAGGAUCCUUGGAAAGCCGUCUUGGAAUCUAUCCUCAGACUGUAGGCGGCUGGCAAACCGUCACACCUAAAAUUACACUAAUUCUUAGGAGAUAUUUAAACGUAAAUUUUACUAUAAAACUAUAUUUAACUGUUGUUCUAUUUGUACUUUUAUAUUCAUCUGCGAAAUAAGCAGACCCAGGUCUGACGAAUAAGCAGACGCGGACCAGCAGCGACAUUGCUACCAGGGUGCGGUGGGCUGAAGUCUGGCACGCUGAAAGCCUUAUAAAGUGCCGCAAAACCCAAUGACGGCAUUGUGACAUGGCGACCCUAAACCGCCAUUAAAUAAGUUUACUUGCCACCGCUGCCUUGGGGUUAGGUUUUUAAGCCAAAGCGCUAGAGGAGACAACCUCGAACAAACAAUCCGAGCGGCUGUUGGGCUGAAAUAGCGACCUCCAUGGAACAGGCCUCGAAAGUGGGUGACACUCGAAAGCUCUACCGUUAGAUUCGCCAAGUUAGCUGUAAGCCCUCUACACUGAGUGACUCUGUUCGCGAUGUGAACGGCGGCUUUAUUGCUAACAACUCGGCCAAAGUCGAGCGAUGGCGUGAGCACUUUGAGCACCAUCUCAACUUCGAUACCCAACUUACAUCAUCCUUGCUCUCCUCCUCAGCGGAGUUUCUUCCCUUUCCUAUCUAUGCAGUGCCAUGCGAUCCCUCCUCCGAGGAAGAAGUCGCCGAUGCCAUACGAAAGUUGUGCAAUAAUAAGGCACCCGGAGAGGACGGUAUACCCGCUGAAAUUUUCAAGUCUUGUGUCGACACUGGCGCCCUGGCUCCAUGAGGUGAUUGAACGAGCGUGGAGAGACGAGGUUGUUCCUGAUGACUGGGGAUUAGGUAUCCUUGUACCUAUCCUCAAGAAGGGAGAUAAGACGAGAUGCGAAAACUACUGCGGCAUAAGUCUCAUCGACGUUGCUGCGAAGAUAUUCGCUAUUGUCCUACUCAGGCGAUUCCAGGCUGUGCGUGACUCAAGGACGGGGUCCAACCAAGUUGGAUUUCGUGCUGGAUGCGCAGACCAGAUAUUCACAUUGAGGCGCAUUCUCGAAUUUCGCCAUAGCUACCAACAACCGACGGCCGUCUGCUUCAUUGAUUUUGCCGCCGCGUUCGAUUCCGUUCACCGUGAGUCCCUGUGGCGGAUAAUGGCGCUAGAUGGUGUACUGGCAAAAAUCAUCUCCAUGAUCAAGGCCUACUAUCGCUCCACUACCGCGAGAGUCCUGGUCCGCAACAAUUUUUCCCAACCGUUCGCUAUUCGGUCUGGCGUCCGACAGGGUUGUAUCCUGUCACCAAUACUGUUCAACUACGCUAUUGACCGGAUCCUCGGGAGGGCCCUACGCGAGAGUGACGGCGGUGAAUUUGCACCCGGACAUCGACUGACUGAUCUCGACUAUGCCGAUGAUAUCGCCUUACUUGCUUCAAGUUUUGGUGAUCUACAGUCUAUGGUGUCACGCGUGAACGAGGUCGCUAAAUCAGUCGGUUUGUCCAUAAACGCUGGGAAGACCAAAGUGUUCUCAAGCUGCAUCCCUGACCAGGAGAAGGCAUCCCUCGGGAUUGAUGACUGUCAACUUGAAGAAGUAGACAGUUUUAAAUACCUUGGGGCGAGGCUGCUGCCUAAUGGACAGAGUAAGGACGACAUUGUCUCCCGAAUCGAUGCUGCCCGCUGGGUUUUUUCAGGCCUUCGGAAAUGCCUACGGAACCGACGUGACCUCUCCAUCGCCACAGAUUCGCGUGUACCGUGCAUCUGUCCGGUCUGUCCUUCUCUACGGUUGUGAAUGCUGGGAUUUGCGCGUGGAGGACGAGCGAAAACUGGAGGUAUUUGACCACCACUGCUUGAGGACCAUCCUUCGAGUGAAAUUCACCGACUUCGUCUCAAAUGAAACAGUCCCCGCUCGAUGCGACAACAUCUCAAGGAUAACUCAGGCCAUCCAAGAAAGACGACUGAGGUGGUUCGGGCAUGUUCUUCGUUGUCCACCUCAGGAGCUCAGUGUUACUGCCCUCGAUCGGUCACCGCUGUUCCAUUGGAGGCGUCGAAGAGGGGGUCAGUUCAAAACCUGGCUGGACACAGUUCGUCAAGACAUGGAGGUGGUUCUUGGACUUUCGGUAUUCGGUCUCCGUCGUUGGCCGAGGGAAUGGGUUGAGCUGUCUAGAUCUGCUGCCGCGGAUCGUCACGCGUGGAGAGGUACAGUUCGGGACAUCGUCGAGGCCGGCUAG